AUGUAUCAUUUUUUAACAAGCUUGUUCGCAACUCUAGCUCUGCAGAGUUUGAGAGAAGUCGAUCCAUUCCCUCGGGCAAUUAAAACCCUCAUCAAAAUCUUCAUCAAAUACAGGCCGUCAAAACUCGUUGGCUCAAGGCGCGUCGAGCCCGCUUCCACUGCUUUUACUGCUCUCGCUCUCGGUGCCGGCACAACAAGCUAUCAGUUUCAUAGCUUUGAUGGAUACGAAUCGGACACGGAAAUGCAGAAAUACCCCAGUAUUGGAGCAGUCCUUGGAAGCAUGAGGCCCAGGGGUUUAUUUACUGCGGUUGUUCUUGAAAAUGCACUGACAUCGUGUGUAGGUAUGCCGAGCGGCAAGACAACCCCACAUCAGUUCAUAGCCUCACAUGUCAAGGACCACGAAAACUGCAUUGUUACCAAUGGUGGCUUUUUCGUUACCGGAUGCGAUGAGAUUCUCCGCCCUGACUAUGAUGGCUUGGUGGUGGAUUCUUCUGAAAUCAUGUUUCACUCGGUUGGGUCAACAUCUGUCUCCAAAAAUUCCGUUCCUGUACCAGGAGUAUACAAGGAUCUCUACUCCAGGCUGGAAGGCGAUGACGGUAGUUUCCUGACAAGCGGCCCUGAUCUAAGGAUACCAUUAGAUGACAGCAGUCCUGACUACAAGAGAGCAAACCAAAAGUCCAACCGCUUGCAUUAUUUCUCACCAACCUGCGACGGAGGAGGUGUUGGCGUUCGAAGCGUCGUCUGGGACGAACAAGUCAAAUACGACCAACGAAUCCACGAUCUCAUGAACGGACCCGUGAAUGUAGGACUUCAAAUCGACAUCGAAGCCGCUGACCGACUCGGAAGACAGCCUUUCACAACCAAAAAGGUCACUUGGUGCGAGGGAGCUGCAGGUCCAAUGACCUGUGGUAACACCCAUCUGGUUGGAAAGAGAACUCAAUUGCAGGCUAUCAAGCCGGUCCGUGUCGCAACCGAUGGGACAAACGAAUAUAUCAGAAGCGUCUUCGCCCACGUUCCUGGCGGCAUUGCCACUGCUAACCAACCAAACGAAAGAUUGGUCUUAGUAACAAUCGGCGAUGGCACAAGGGUCGUUUGCUCUUACACGUCAAGCAGAGACGACGGGCUUAGGAUGAACGAGAUAAGGGACGUUAUCGAUACGUUCCUGUGUAACUUUCUAUGUUUAGGUAUCGCUGACGUUGAACAGGCUCUAAACUUGGACGGCGGCGGCAGUGUCUUUGUCGGCUGGGUCAAGAACGGUAAGCUCAAGGUUCUCGCUUCAGGCGGGCUUGAUAGGCAAGUUCCUGGUGCCAAAGAUGCUACCGGAAUGUGGUUUCGAGAUGUGACUACUAUGGUCAAACAUGUUAUAUGUUGA